AUAAAAGUAAAGGAUUUACCAAACUCGGGAUUCAUAGCUUAGUAAAUUCUGGAGGAUUCUGAGAAAAAGCUCUUUUUGUAAAUUAACGUUAUAUGGCCUAUAUUAAAAAUAGCAUUUACAGUUUUGUUUUGGAGAUAUUUUAGACGUGUAUGAAUAUUUUUUUUGGUUAAAUAGUUAAAUUGCUAUAGAUUACACCCAACAAACAAGUCCAAAUUAAUAAGGCAUUCUUGAAAAGAAUAUUGAUAUUGAUUUUGAAAGUUGACUGCAUGCAAGUAUGUGUUUGUGUAUGUGUAAUAAAGUAAUAAAUGUUAAAAUGUGUGUGAUUCUUUGUGUUUUUCUCGUGCACUUAUUUAAUUGAGACAUAAUAAUAUGUUUAUGUGUCAUCAGUUUAAACCAGCUAUAUUUCAACUAUAGUAGUACUUGUUAUUAAAUUCAAGAUUCCUAAAAAUGGUAAGCAAAGCACUUCAAGCUCAGAGAUUUGUACAAAUUAUCAACCAACAACUUGAUGUACUGAAGGAAGAGAGGAAUACUGUGACAGAUGCUUUAGACGAAUGUAUUAAUCAGGUUGGUUGUAGUUAUAAAUUAAAUUUUACGUUGCAAUAAAUGUAAAUAAACUUUUUAUUCAGUCAAAUCAUGAAUAGAGAUAUAAUAUUAAAUAGUUUUGGAUUCAACAUUAGUUCAGAUGUGUGUAUAUAUACUAUAUAUAUAUACAAUUGUUAAAAACGAGUGUUUGUAUUUUCAAUUUUUCAAUAUAAAUCUCCUGUAGGUACAAAGUGAAGUAGAUGCCUGGGUUAAUGAAGGGCAUGUCAAUCAAGAAACCUGUGCCGAGAUAAGUCAUAGAAUUCAGCAAGUUAUAUCUUUGUUCAUUGAAAAGUCUGUUGAACUUUCAGGUAUUUUAAUUGUGAAAACUUCAUAUAGUUCAUAAAUGUAUAUGUAUACACUGUAUAUUUUAUUAGACGAACAAUUGUUUCUCCUCUAACAUGCAAUGAUUUAAUUUUUUGUGUGACUGUUUCUAUAUUAUAGCCCAAGAAUUUUGAGCUGACAGCAAAUGAUUUUUAGUUGUCUAGAUAUGCCUCUUAUUCCUUUUUGAAGUCUAGUUGAUGUAAAAAAAAUUAGUGACAUUACACAUGACAACAUAUGAUUUUGGUGACAAGUUGAUGAAACUAUUUAGACCCUUCCUUCCCCUUUAAGAUCAGUAUAUAUAUAUAUAAAUAUAUAUAUAUAUAUUAUUGCAAGCUGUUUAAUAUUGCUAGCCUUCGUGCACAGACUCAAGUGACAAAUAGAAGCCUAGAGCAAGAUAUGAUGAAAUACUCAACCAUGGGAUAGUUUAUAGCAUUCUCCAUAUUAAAUGGCAGGACAAAUUUCAAAUAGAACACAAGCUACAACAUUUUUUUAGGAAGAUGGAAUGUUGCCUACAAUUUAUAAAUUUUAGCCUUCAGAAUGGAUUGAUGUUGAGGAAAGGCAAUUUUAUAAUAAAUUCCCAAAUAAUUUCCUAUCUGACCUUGUGUAAUUACUUUUUAAAGUCAGAUAAUUUAAUUCCUCAUGUAUUCCUAAACAAAAGAUUUUGUGCCAAUGAAUUACAAUUAUAUUUAUCCCAAUCAAUGUUUUAAUUGUAUUAUUUAUCUUUACAUCUCCAGCCAAACAGAUUGAUGCAAAAGAAAGUGAUUUAUACCAAACAUGUUUGACAACCAUCAAUAAUUUGACAAGUCCUGGAGCAAAGUCAAAAGUUGACAGAGCCAAAACGGAAACUUUGCCUGGUAGCUAUAAAAAAUGCAUAAUUAAGAUUAGAAAUCCUUAAAAUUUUGGAUGCAUCUUUAUAUAUCUAAAUCAUCAUCAUUGGCUCUACAGCCCAUGUAAGGCCGUGGCCUGCUCCUACAACAUCGUUCUAUUCGGAUCGAUCCACGGCUUUCCGCUUCCAUGCGCAAACCACUAACUGGUGUAAAUACUUCUCCACAUGGUCGAGACAUCUAAGUCGUUCUACAGAUCUUAUCAUAGUGUUGUAUAUUGUCUUCUUUGUUCUCUUUGAGAUGUUUUUGUUUCCCGUUAGCUUUUGUGAGCUGAAAAAGGAAUGGUUUCCUGCUGUUAUUCUAUCGUUCACCUGCGACAGUAUUUCAGUGUGCGCAUUUGUAGUCACCCCUAGAGAUUUGAAAUAAUUCACUUUCUCCAAUGCGCGGUUGUUUAUAUUAAUGUUGUCAUCACCGUCUGUGUUUCGUGACAUUAUCAUAUAUUUUGUCUUUGAUUCAUUUACAUCAAGACCAGAUUUGAUGGAGGCAAUUUUCAAAAUCCGUGAAUGCUUUUGUUAUGUUAUUUCUGUUUCCGCCCAGUAGCGCCAAAGCGUAUGUGUUUGUCAGGUUCGUUAGUAUCUAAAGAAAGUGUUUUUAUUCUCUUAUAAAAAAAAACUUUAAAAAAAAUUUUGAAUAUUUUUUUUUCUUCUAGAAAACAAAAUAAAAUCAUAAAAUAAAUAAAUACAAUUAGUUUUAGGGAUCCUUGAUGAGACAGGAUAGCAUAAUGCUAAAGCCAAUAAUGGUGUUAUCAAUAAAUUAGUUUUAAUUUAGAAUUUAAUAUAUACCCACAAACAAUAUUUAAAAUGCUGUUGAUGUGAGUAACCGAUGAACAUCAUUAGUUAAUGUGCACAGUUCCCAAAUAUUUCUUGUACUAAAACAGCAUGGAUUUAAAAAAACAACAACUCUACUUACUUGCAGGUAAUGUUGUAGGAUCCGAUAACUCUAACAUUAUGACAAUGAGAAUUGCCAGACUAGAGGAAGCUGUAGACUCACUCAAAAAGACAACAGAAAAAGUUGAAGACAAAAUUGAAAAUGUUGAUAAGAUAUUAAAAGGUGUCUCGUCUCAACAAGUAAAUGAUCAUAAAAAAAUGGAAAUUUUAACAAAUGUAGAUUUUAAGUCUGAGAAAAAGCUUAAGGAUAAAAUUACCGACCUGGAGAAAAGAUACCAAGACAUUAAUUCAAAAGUUGAUGAUUUGUUUGAAACUGUAACAUAUGUUGAUGACAAGUUAAACAAAUUAGAAGAUGAAAACAAACCGGUCAAUGUCUCAGUGAAUGAAAUCAAUAAACAGAUCAGCUCUGUUAGAACGUGUAGCAAUGAUGCCCUUAUGUCUAUACAAGAUUUGUCAAAGCGCGUCGAGAGUACAAAUCAACAUUAUAAUGAAAUGUCUGAUAAAAUGAAUCAACUGGAAAUCUCCAU